AUGAGUAAGAGUAGUAAUAAUAACCUUUACCUACUAGUGGAAAGUGCAGCAGGAUAUUGUAUAGUAUAUGUAAAACACUUCAACAACAUAAAUAUUGAAAACUUUACUAGUGAAUUUGAAGAUGUAAGCAAGUUUUUAUCCGUUGUAAAACCAAAAAGCUUCUUGCCUUUUAAUACAGCAGAAAAAGCGUUGAAUAAUGCCUUGGCCAUCGCCAACGGAGAAAUCACCGAUGAAUUGAAAAAUUUUUUAAGUAUCGUGCUACCUAACCAUGAUUGCAAAUUAGGGGUUAUUGACGUUGAGUUAGCACGUAACUUGGCAAAACAAAAUUAUUGCAAUGUAGUUCACAAUGAAGAUAUCUUUGAAUUGAUGAGAUGGGCAAGAUUUUAUUUUUGUAAACUUGUUGAUAAUCUAACGAAGGAAAACUUACACCAAUUUCAAUUAGGUUUAGGCCAUUCAUUUUCAAGAAACAAAAUAGCCUCAGACCCAGCAAAGCAAGACAAAAAUUGUACUCAAGCUAUGGCCACUCUAGAUCUUUGCGACAGACUUAUAAACAGAUUUUACAUGCGUCUUAAGGAAUGGUACGGCUGGCAUUUUCCUGAACUCGUUGACAUUUUAAGCGAUUACGUUAAAUAUGCACAGAGUGUUUUAGUGAUUGGUAACAAAGACGAGUUUGAAUGGGAGCCUAUGAACGAGCAUUUGUUAAACAUUGUUGCUGACGAAACAGUUUAUCAUCAAAUCCAUAAAGCUGCUCAAUUGAGUAUAGGGUAUGAAAUCAACGAGCUCGACUUAUCCAAUAUGAAGCAAGUAGCUAAACAGCUAGCCAAAUGGGCUUCAGUCCGUUCUGAACUAAACAAUUAUUUCUCUAACACAAUGAAUAAAGUCGCUCCCAACCUUACUAAUUUAAUAGGAGAAAAUUUAGCAGCAAAAUUAAUUACACAUGCAGGUUCGAUAUGUGGACUUGCAAAAGCUCCUGCAUCCACAAUCCAAAUUUUAGGUUCUGAAAAAGCUUUAUUCAGAGCUUUAAAGAAUCGUGGGCCCACACCUAAAUUUGGAAUGCUGUAUGCUUCCAACUUUAUUUCAACCGCCUCUCCUCAAAACAAAGGUAAAAUUUCACGCGUUUUAGCUAAUAAAGUAGCAUUAGCUUCUAGAAUGGAUGCGUUUGGGGAAGAAACUGGUUUAUAUGGUGUUGCAUUUAAAAAUCAGAUUAAAGAUAGAAUGAAAUAUAUAACAAACGGAGAUAUCCCACCAAGGAAUGUUGAUGUUAUGAGUGAAACUAUGAAAAAAAUAGCUUCUAAGCAAAACAGCAGUCAAGCUUAA